AUGCCUCUUGCUCUUGGCACUGGUUCUACAGAUUGUGUUCUGUUUCUGGCGAGAAGUCUGUCCCUAUACCAGGUAAGCGUCGAGAGUGGAGUGUGUGCUCUCUCGUUUGUGAGUGAGCGGUUGGCACGUUCUUCUUGUUCUUUGUCUCUGGCAGGUGAUAUCAGGUGUGGUGUUCUCUGGUCUGUAAACCCACAAGCAACAUGCAAAUGUACACGACCUCUGUCAAGCCUACCGGCUAGGUUUGGAGGACUGGGGCUUCUACCGUUUAACAAAAUUGCACCGUUGGCUUACAAGUCAGCGCAGGAAGCCUCCGACUCCUUUCUCGCCAAGAUCGACCUCAUCCAUCUCCUCGACCCUCCCCCCACCCCCACCCCCCAACGCGUACGGUGUGCGAAGCUGUGGUCCGAGCAGCUGUCUUCUUUCAUGGAGGCGGCGACCCAGCCUGAGCGAAAGCACUUGGUCGAAAACGCGUCGAAGCUCGGACGGUCUUGGCUCCGCCAGAUCCCCUACUUCGAACUCCUCCGUCUUUCCAACCACGAGGUCGCCGCCGGCCUCCACUACCGACUCCUCACCCCCGCCUCUUCCCCCGUCUGCUCCGCCUGCGCCAACGAGUCUGACCUCGGUCACGACGAAGUCUGCCGCUUGCGCGAGACAUGGUCUAUCCGCCGACACGACUCGAUCAACCGAGUCUUCCAAUCAUACCUCUCCCGUGUCGCCGGCGCCGUCGUCUCUCUCGAGCCAUCAACCCAAGAAGGGCGAAGGAGGAAUGAUCUGAGGGUACGAGGAGGAGGAGGUGCGCUUCGGAACGCCGACUAUGACUUGAAGGUCUACGGUCUCGAGGAUAAGCACAUGUACGUGGUGGACGGUAGAGGGAAGCCAAGCGGGAUGGAGUGGUUGGAUUGGGUGCAGGGACGGAUCGUGGCGUGGCUGUCGAAGAGGGAUGAGGAGGUGGUCAAGAAGGCGCCGAGGAUCUACGGGGGGGCGUUCCGCCCCCUUGUUCUUUCUGCGGGUGGUCUGAUGAGCGAGGCGACGGCGGUGGAACUUAGGAGUUGGAGGAAGGGAAUGGAGAAAGAGGUGUGGCAGGGGAUGCAGAGUCGGGUGGGGAUCGAGUUGGUGAAGGCGAGAGCGAGGACGCUGUGGAUGUGA